GCUGACACCAAUCACACCGCCGGCAGAAACUCACCUCUGUCGCCUCGUUUGGUCGCCCUUCUCCUCACACCGAGACUCGAGCAGGCCCAUCAAAACCCGAAAGUUUUGUUCCCCAGCAGCGCACAUGGAAAGAAGGAACAGCUUUACAUGAAACGGUGCAUCAAGUGAAACCAGUAGAGAGAGAGAGAGAAUAAAAGGAAAAACUGACUGCGUAAAAGGAGAAAGCCAAUAAAAAGUCAGAGAAGAUGGAAACCAAUGGGCUCGAAAAGAAAACCAACGGUUUGGAGGGAGAUUCGGACCUCCAGUUCCUCCUGCAGGGGGGAGACCUCCUGAAAGUCCGCUCCUCAUCAUGGAAGAAGACUCGAUUCUUCAGACUGCAGGAAGACUGCAAGACCAUGUGGCGCGAAUCCAAGAAAACCUUCAAGUCAAAGCAAACCUUUUCACUUGACGAGAUCGCAGAGGUGUUGAUGGGCCGACAGUCAGAGGGUUUGAAGAAGAACACGGAGGAGCAGGUGGAGAGUCGCUGCUUCUCCAUCAUGUUCAAAGGCCGCCGCAAGAACCUGGACCUCAUCGCCAGCUCAGAGGAGGAGGCCAAGCAGUGGGUGAAAAGUCUGCAGAAAGUGGUCUCCAACAUCAACAACCUCAACCGCCAGCAGACCACAGAGCACUGGAUCUUCAGCUGCCUGAGGAAAGCAGACAAGAACAAGGACGAUAAGUUGAGUGAGUCAGAGGUCAAGAACUUCCUGCGUCUGAUCAACAUCGAAGUGGAUGAUGACUAUGCAGAAAUGCUGUUCAAGAAAUGUGACAAAUCCAAAAGCGGAUACCUGGCAGGAGAAGAGAUCGAACAUUUCUACGACCUGUUGACCCAUCGGGAGGAAAUUGACGUGAUCUACGGGGAGUACGCUAAAACCACCGGCUUCAUGAGUCCUCAAAACCUGGUGGACUUCCUGAUGAAAGAGCAGAGAAUGAAAGCUACGCUGGCUGAUGCACACAAAAUCAUCGAGAAGUACGAGCCAGAUGAACAUGCCAAGGAGAAGAAGCUCCUGUCCAAAGACGGCUUCCUCAUGUAUUUGCAUCAUCCAGAGGCCAUGAUUCUGAAUCCAGAGCACAGUGAGGUUUACCAGGACAUGAGCCAGCCCCUCAACCACUACUUCAUCUCCUCCUCGCACAACACCUACCUCAUGGAGGAUCAGCUCAAAGGGCCCAGCAGCACAGAGGCUUACGUCAGGGCUCUGCUGAAAGGCUGCCGCUGUGUGGAGCUGGACUGCUGGGACGGAUCAGAAGGCGAGCCGUUGAUCUACCACGGCUACACGCUCACCUCCAAGAUUCUCUUCAAAGAUGUGAUCGAAGCCAUCAAGGAAUACGCAUUUAAGACAUCCGACUACCCAGUCAUCCUCUCCUUGGAGAACCACUGCUGUGUGGAGCAGCAGGCAGUCAUGGCCCAUCACAUGAGCUCCAUCCUGGGCAGCGCACUCGUCACCUCUCCCCUGGGCGACGGCAUGCCCACAAACUUCCCAUCUCCUGAGGAGCUGAAGGGGAAGUUCCUGAUUAAAGGGAAGCGACUAAACAAACUGGAGGCCUGCUUUGCUUCUGAGACGGCAGCAGGCGAAGACACAGACGUGACAGAGGAGGAGGAGUCCAAUGAUGAAGAUGAGGCUGAGGCUGAGCAAAAAGAGAAGAAAAAGAAAAAGCUGAAACUGGCCAAAGAGCUGUCCGACAUGGUGAUCUACUGUAAGAGCGUCCACUUCCACGGCUUCGACGACGCCAGAAAAAACCUGAGCUUCUACGAGAUGUCGUCCUUCAAAGAGGCUAAGGCCGUGACGUUGGCAGAAGAGUCAGCGAACGCCUACGUGCACCACAAUGUGGAAAAACUGAGCCGCAUCUAUCCAGCAGGCAAAAGGACCGACUCCUCAAACUACAACCCAGUGCCCCUGUGGAAUGCCGGCUGUCAAAUUGUGGCCUUAAACUUCCAGACGACCUGCAACGACAUGGAUGUGAAUCAGGGCAGAUUCCUGGUUAACGGGAAGAGCGGCUACAUCCUGAAACCGGCCUUCAUGAGGGACGUAACCACGGAGUUUGACCCCAUCACCCUGACUCGAGGAGACUGGCUGAAGCACAAGACGUUACAUAUCAUGGUCAUAUCGGGCCAGCAGCUCCCCAAAGUGAACAAGAAGAAAUCCUCCAUAGUGGAUCCGCUGGUUAAAGUGGAAGUCCACGGAGUGCCGGCGGAUGUUGCUGAGAAAGAGACCCGUCCUGUUGAUAACAACGGUUUCAACCCUGAGUGGAACGAGAACUUCCAGUUUGACGUCUAUGUGCCAGAGCUUGCGCUCGUCCGCUUUGUGGUUGAAGACCACGACUCCACGUCUGAUAAUGAGUUUGUUGGACAGUACACGAUUCCCUUCGCCAGCUUACAAUUGGGAUACAGACACGUUCCUCUGCUCAAUAAGAACGGAGACCUGCUGCCCUCAGCUGGGCUCUUUGUACACGUCAUGAUCAUGGAUGCUGAGUAAGACGUCGUCACCGACUGCAUGUUCCUCUGCAGGUCCUCUUUUACGCGGCCAUGUUUUAGCUGUUUUUAUUUUGCUUCAUAGUUUUAGUUCAUGAUUAACUUAUUGGCUUAAUGUCAGUAGUUUGAAAAGCUACUCUAAAAGUCAGCCCACACUCUUCUCAUCUAGAGAUUAAUUAAAUUCAGAGGUGGGUUCAUGCAUGCAAACACUGUACAUAGACUCUCUAAGUUUGCUCCAUAUCAAUCACAUUACAGGGACAUUAUACAAACUGUCUAAACCGAUUUGUUGCAUAUAAGUUCAUCAUGUUCAGUUUGAAAUGGCAUUAAUUUUUACAUUUUAUUUUUUAAGAGAGCUUCUCUCCUUAAUUCCUAGUCAGUUUAAUGUAUUGUCUGUUUAAAUCUUUUAUUCAAAUGACCAUUUUAUGAAAUUCAGAGAAACAUAAGCCAAUAUAGAAACUAUAUGCUUUUCCAUAAAUAAUUUUAGACAUCACGCAUGAUUUUUUUCCCCAUGUAACAACAUCUUUACCUUUUUGUAAAUCAAGAUAAAGACAAUAAGUGUUAAACACAAA